UCGACAGAUACUCUCUCUUGCAGAUGGUUUUCUAGGGUAUCUCGAUGUUAUUGACAAUCGAUGUUGCCAUUUUAAGUGGUGGUAUAUAGGAGAAGGAAGCUUCAGGGAUCGACAACAAUGGUGGAUUUAUGGUGGUCGCUGUUGGGUGCUGCGGUUCCGGCUGUUGUUGCAGGGCAAGGUAUAAGAAUGAAGAGAAGGCGUGCCGAAGAGGAGAGGAUCAAGAGUGCUCGUGGAAGGGAGAAGAGUUCCGAUGACAUCUUCGUCUGUGAGAGGAUCUGUACUUCGAAGAGAAUGCUGAAGAAGGUCGGUGGAUUCUCGAAGGACUCAAGUCCUGAUACCUGCGUUACCGUCUGUGGUGUGUCUCAGAUCGAUGCUUGCAGUGAGGCCUGUGCUCGCACCGUCUGCGUUAAUCAACACCAAGUCCCCAAUUGGAACGACGUUUGCCUUCGCAAAUGCCAGAGUGAAUGCCUUAAGCUCUCUUCCUAUUCUUCUUAGGAACAUUUCUUUGUUUUUGGAUCUGCU